AAAAAAGGGUGUUACUUAACAAAGAAAGCCCCUGCCCAUUUCAUGCUGUCAGCAAUGGUAGCACAUAGAAGAGAAAUGUCACAAGGCCUGAGAAAGAAAAUAAUUUCUUUAGACAAGAAAGUUGAAGGCUACAAGAUCAGCAAAGCUUUACUUAUCAGUCAGAAUACUGUAGCAAAAGUGAUACAAAUAUUUAACAAAGAUGGAACUGCAACCAUCUCACAGAGAUGUCCAGGCCAUCCCCGGAAGUUAACACCUCGACAGCAGUGUCUUCUGAUGAGAAGGGUUGAAGAAAAUUGGCAUACAAGUUCACUGCAAUUAGCUGAAGAGGUAGAAAGCCAAACUGGGGUGAUUGCUUCCUGUGACACAAUACGGCAUACACUGCAGAGGAAUGGCAUGCAUGGGUGUUGUUCAUGAAGGAAGCCUUCUCUAAAACCCUUGCACAAAAAAGACUGCCUAGAUUUUGCCAAGGCCCAUGCUGAAAAAGAUGAAGACUACUGGGACUCUGUACUCUGGAGUGAUGAGACCAAGAUAAAUGUUUUUGGAAUGAAUGGCUUCAAAACUGUAUGAUGUUGCAAAGGUGAGGAGUACAAAGGAAAAUCCAUGGUGCCUACAGUUAAACAUGGUGAUGGCAGUGUUCUUCUGUGGGGCUGCAUGAGUGCUGCUGGUGUCGGGGAGCUGCAUUUUAUUGAUGGUAUCAUGAAUUCACAGAUGUAUUGCUCUGUAUUGAAAGAGAAGAUGCCGCCAUCACUCUGU